AGGCAACAUCCAGGUAGACUACAGGGUAACAAAAACAAAAGGUAGCAAGCCAAAAUUAUGCCAAUCACUAGCCGAGAAUGCGGAGAGGGGCACUUGACAAUCCAGUGCCCACUGCGGAGUUCGACCAGACGGGCACGAUCUUGGGCGGAGAUUACGAACCAACAGCGCGAGGUGGAAGCAAAUUAUCCUUUCCACUGCGAGAUUGCUUCCCACCCUGGGAAGGGCAAUCUCCGCGUCAGUUCCCAGGAUGUGAAAUCAUUCUGGGAGGAUAUUCAAUUUGCUCAAAGCCAGUCUAUCUAUCGUGACUUUGCUGGCAUCAUCGACAGAACCAACGGCGUUCUGCAUCCUCUCGAACCCGGUGAAUACGCCUGUGUGGGCCGCACGAACGGUUUGUCUCUCCAAGAGCUCUACGAUGUUCUAGAUGCGGCUCGAGAAGCUCUGAAUCGCGAGCGACCGCUUUCGGAAGACAAAGUCACGAAAGUUCAUUCGGAAUUGGCGCUUGUUUUCAACCACUUUUCGCUGAAUCACGAAGGCAGCAACCUCAGCAUCGACGACAUCCAAAUGAUUACCACUCUCCUUGGUGGAAAAGACGCAAAACGACAGCCAGAAGUGGAUGAGUUGGAAAACAUUCACAAGAGGGUGCCCGGAUCAAAGCAUGAUAUCACGGAAGCGAUCAACCAUAUUUUGGUCACCAAGCGGCUCCAAGAAAUGGCCAAGAACGAAAUGUCGGAAACACUGGUGCCUCAGAUACACUCCGCGGUGAUGGAUGGACUUUUGAAGAAUGUCGAGGAAGGGCUGCCUGGGGAAUAUCGUAAGGUUUCCAUCAACAUAAUGGGGGAGGACUCCCAUCGCCCGAACUUUGCAGACGUUCCUCCGCUCAUGAAGAGGUGGUGCUCGAAAGACCUUGUUCAGAAUGAGGAUGAGCACAUAAUUGACUACCUUUCCCGUAUUCAUUAACGGGCGUGUCGGCCGACUUAUUAUGAACAUUCUUUUGUUCAAGAAAGGCUACCCAAUUUUGGCAUUCGCGCCCUCAAUCAGCACAUUGUUCAACCACGGAGUAAACAAAGGUGUCCGCAAGGACUAUUCCAUCUUUUCUCGCAUCCUUGCCGAGACCAUCUUUGUAAGCUUCAAAGCAUACGAAGAUGCCCUCGGAGGGAAGUUACUUCCCUCGGUCACAGAGACUUUAGAUUGCAAACUGAUCGCCUCCACUGCGGUCGGUUAAAGGCCAGACCUUAGGUAGUUCUGAUCCUUUCUGGAUCUUUCACUUCUUUUUCCAUUUUAGUUCUAUGUUUACCAUGA